AUGGACGGCCACUUGGAGAAAGCUCUCAACAGAGCUGAGUUCGCCAUCUCCUUCGAAGAUCUCGAAGUACUUCACAGAGAUGGUUCAGAUAGGGUGAGACUGGUGGGACCAGUCACGGGCUGCGUCAAGUCUGGGGAGGUCAACAAGGUUGCCACGUUCAUCGGGCCAUCUAGCUUGACGGUCCCGCUCAUGAAUGGGCUGAGGAGUAUCUACCCCUGUGCUGCUUCUUCAGCAUACAACGCUGUGCACACUGGGACGUUUGUGGGAGGAACAGUGACCUGGAAUGGCCAGGAACCCACUGACGUUGAUCCUAGAGUAGUCGCAUACGUCGACUUGGAGGCGGCAGACGUCAUGCCUGAGCAGCUGACCAGCUUGGAGAUCCUAUUAUACACCAUUCAAGUCCGAGUCACUUUUCUCAGUACUGCGGAGCAGUCUGGGAUGGCAGAUCAGGUGCUCGACAUGUUGGGGAUAGCAGAGGUCAACAACACGCGCUACUGUGACCUCUCCCCGGCGAACAAGAGGAUUCUUCGAGUCGCCCGCGAGAUCAUCGGAUGUGCAGGAAUGCUUCUGCUGAACAAUCCUACCUGCCAGCUCUCCCCUUCUCAGUCUGUUGUCUUUCUCGAGGCCAUGUCUCGCCUCAGCACCUCCCAUGCCUACGCCGUGAUCAUGGCAGUCCCUCAAGUCCCUCCAGGCUGCCUGAGCCUCUUCUCUGACAUCUUUGUGCUGGUUUGUGCUCCCCGUCGGCUUGUGCGGAGGCGACUGAUCCUCUGCCUGCAGUCCAAGGACGGCAAGACCAUCUAUCAAGGCCCCGCCUCCUCCUUCAGCACCUGGUUCACCGCAAACUCGCUGGACAGGAAGCACUUCUCCGGAUUGAGCGGCUCCUCUCUCGCACUGCUCGCCGAAUUCUCUACGUCUGACAUGCUCAGUCAUGGAAUCUUCAUGCUCCCUUCCAACCAAGUUGGAGCCCAUCGAGCUCCUGAGCGUUUCUCACCUACAUCCCUGCAGGUCGACAAGUACCUUGUCAUGAACGCAGACUCCGACUCCUAUCGCUCUGCUCGCCGCAAAGCUCUCGAGGUCCGCAGCGGCAAGUCUCCUCUUCCUGCUUUGAUUGGACGAGAUGGCCUGCCCAGCUCAGACCGAGCAGACCUGCGAUGGAUCUCUGCCAUGCUCGAGAUGGAGGUUGCCCCGCUCUUUCUCGGGAUGCUUCUUGGUCUGGUCUUCUCUCGCCUUCCCGAUGAAACUGUCGCCGUUGGCAUGCAGGAGCGUCUCGGGCUCUUCACCAUCCUCCUCCUCUGCUUCACGUUGGACAGCGUGAGGAGGCGAACAGCGCUCGAGAAGAGGAUGUUGUGGUUGGAUGUGUGUGCUGGAAGGAUGACGCUGCUUGCUCACUCACUCUUCGUCUGUUCCGGAGAGCUCUUUGUCAAGAUUGUUGUUUCAGGGAGUGAGAGGAGCAUCAAGGCUAGUGCGCAUCUCUCUUCUUCUCCGUUGCUCCUCAGUUGGGCUGCCGGAUUUCUCCUCCUCCUUUUCCUCCUCGUUGCCGGGUAUCCGUUAGCUCCUGUUGACCUUCCCUUCCCCCUUCCUCUCCUCCGCUCUCUCUCGCCCUAUGCGUACGCGCUCGACUGCUUUGUGGCCAACCAGAUGGGGGGAGGAGGAGGAGAGCUGGGAUACCCAACAAUCAACGUGUUUGUCCACCUUGUUGCUCUAGCUCUGCUCGUUGUCUUCUAUCUCAUCCUAUCCGUGGCGCUCUCAAGGUCCGACUACAUUCUUGGUGUCCUUCUUCCAAGGGUGGGGAUGAGGGUCGCUAGUGACGUGCAGGCGAACCUGCGCUGGUGUCGCCAAGCAUGUGGAUGGCAGGAGCACGAGCCCUUGCCGGAUGAGGAGCGAGGGGAUGGACGAGGAGGACGGACAAGCUACGUGUAA